AUGGUGUUCCAAAACCAGCUGCGGGCCUGCAAAGGCAAGCCCAGAGUCUUGAUCUUGACCGACGUAACCAACGAACCCGACGACUCGCAAUCACUUGUGCGCUACCUACUCUACAGCAAUGAGUUUGACACGCGCGGUCUUGUGGCCUGUACAUCCACGCACAUGAGGUCCCGUGUAGCUCCGCAAGAGAUUGAGAGCAUCGUCGACGGCUAUGGCGAGGUCGUCGACAACCUCAACGCCCAUGCUCAUCCCGACAACCAGUACCCGAGCGCACAAAGCCUUCGGGAUAUGAUUAAGGUCGGCCCCCCGGUGUACGGAAAAAUCGCCCUCGAGCCUUUCACUCCACUGAGUAGCGGCUCCCAGCUCAUCAUUGCUCGUGUUGAUGAGUCCGAGGAGCCUAUCUGGGUUCUUCUCUGGGGCGGCGCCAAUCCACUUGCCCAGGCUCUCGCACACGUUGAGAAGACCAGAAAUGCUUCGGCAUUUGCUCACUUCAGAUCCAAGAUCAGAGUGUAUGCCAUCUCUGACCAGGACGAUACUGGUGCCUGGAUCAGAGUCACAUAUCGGGAUAUCUUCUACAUCUGCUCUAUCCAUGGCUGGUGCCAGUAUAAUGUCGCAGCGUGGACAGGCAUGUCAGGUCCGACCGACGUCGGCGGUGCAGACCCUAGCCAAUUUACAAAGGAGUGGAUAAAGGAGAAUAUCCAGAUCGGGCCACUGGGUGCCAAGUACCCUGACUUCAAGUUCCUCGUCGAAGGUGACACCCCGACAUUCCUCUAUCUCAUCCAAAACGGCCUGGGGUCUCCGGAGCAUCCUCACUGGGGCAGCUGGGGCGGCCGGUAUAGCUACUUUGACCCGUCCAUGACGGGCAAUCAUUUUGUCGAUGCCGUCGACAAUGUAGUAGGCAUGGAUGGGCGGACUUAUACCAGCAAUUUCGCCACCAUUUGGCGCUGGCGACAUGCCUUCCAGACCGACUUUGCAGCGCGUAUGCAGUGGACACUCACUGAUGAUCCUUCCAAGACUAACCAUGCACCUGUUGUCUUUGUCAACGACAGCACCGGUGGUCCCGAGCCUGUCCUGAUAGAAGUAGAGGCUGGCGAGAAGCUUCUUCUCGAUGCUUCCAGAAGUUACGACCCAGAUGGACAAGACAUCACCUUUAACUGGUUUCAGUACAAGGAACCAACCGCUGUACAAGGAUGGCCUGUUGGUCUUCAUACAGACCUUGACAUCAUUACUGUCGACUUGAAAGGUCGUGGGGAUCAGGUUGAAGUGCAAAUUCCGGGCCCCGAAGUGUCCGCUCAAGAGCCGAUCAGCGGCCAGGCAAUGGCCAAGGGCCUUGAGUACCAUAUCGUCCUCGAGGUUCGGGAUAACGGAGAGCCCUGUAUGACGACCUACAAACGAGUCGUCAUACAAACUACAAACAAGGCUUUACGUGGUAGUAGGGGGACUGCGGUCGCAACAACUGCGGAGUGGAUGGAGCUGCCGAAAUAG